UCGCUCGUGCGGGCCUAGGGAGAGAGGGUGGUACCGCCAGCUUCUCCUUGGCCUGGGAGGACGGCUUGGAUUUGUCCGUGUCUCGAGACAGCUACAGACUGUCACCUGGGAUAUCUAGCUGAGGUCUUCCUGGCAUACCUUCGUGGUCUGGCUGUAUCCUGAACAAGGACAAGCCAUUAUGAUGUUGGGACACAGCUGCCGUUUACUCUUCUGUGCCUUUCUCCUGAGUCUACUUCCAUGUUCCUUCACCUUGCGCUUAAAAUAGCCUUGUGUAUGCAAAGAAGCUUUUUCAUUCAGAUGUCCUUAGCGAUAAUAUGGAUCAGUCUGGAGUUCUCCUCUGGGUAAAAGCAGAACCCUUUAUAGUGGGUGCCUUGCAGACUCCCCCUCCCUCCAAAUUCAGUCUUCACUAUCUCAAGAAGAUAGCCACCUACGUGCGAACCCGGUAUACAGAGAGAGCUUACCCACGCCUGUACUGGUCCACAUGGAGGCAUAUUGCGUGUGGGAAACUGCAGUUGGCCAAGGAUGUGGCGUGGCUUUACUUCGAAAUAUUUGAUAGCCUUUCGAUGAGGUCACCUGAGGAGCGCCUGGAGUGGUCUGAGAUCCUGUCUAACUGUAUAUCUGAGGACGAAAUCGAAAAGCAGAGAAAUCAGGUUUCAGUGGACACCCUACAGUUCCUGCUCUUCUUGUACAUACAGCAAUUAAACAAGGUCUCCCUGAGGACGUCUUUGAUUGGAGAAGAGUGGCCUAGUCCCAGAAACAAAUCUCAGUCUCCUGACAUCUCUGUAAAAUCCAACUGCCAUAAUAAGAACUGGAACGAUUACAGUCACCAGGCUUUUGUCUGUGACCAUCUGUCAGAUCUCCUUGAGCUGCUUUUAGAUCCAGAACAACUCAGUGCAUCAUCUCAUUCGACCCGUAGUAGUUUAGUCUGUCGAGAAGCUGUUGUGGCGCUCAGCUUCCUUAUUGAAGGCACAGUGAGUAGAGCUGGGAAGAUCUAUCCACUUCACGAACUUGCACUGUGGCAACCACUACAUGCAGACAGUGGCUUCUCAAAGAUGUCUAAGACUUUCUCUUUCUUCAAGCUGGAAGCCUGGUUAAGAGCCCAUUUGACUGUGAAUCCAUUUGGUACAUCUGCUUGCCUCACAUCAGGAAAGAAAUUGGCUUGGGCUCACCAAGUUGAAGGUACGACCAAAAGGGCUAAGAUUGCUUGUAAUACUCAUGUGGCCCCUAGGAUGCACCGCAUGGUGGUGAUGAGCCAGGUUCACAAGCAGACGUUGGCCAAGAGCUCAGAUACUCUGGUGGGGGCCCAUGUCAGGAUUCAUCGUUGCAACGAAUCUUUCAUAUAUCUGCUCUCUCCCUUACGAUCUGUGACAAUUGAGAAGUGCAGGAAUAGCACCUUUGUCUUGGGCCCUGUGGAGACUGUUCUUCACCUGCACUCGUGUGACAGUGUUAAAGUUAUUGCUGUUUGCCAUCGUUUGUCCAUCUCUUCUACAACAAGUUGCGUCUUUCACAUUCUGACUCCCGUGCGCCCACUUAUUCUCUCAGGGAACCAGAGUAUAACUUUUGCUCCUUUUCAUACCCAUUACCCAAUGCUAGAGGACCACAUGGCCAGGACAGGCCUUGCCACAGUGCCUAAUUAUUGGGAUAAUCCACUGGUCAUCUGCAGAGAGAGCAGUGACUCAAAUGUCUUCCAGCUCUUGCCCCCCUGUGAAUUCUAUGUAUUCAUUGUUCCCUUUGAAAUGGAAGGGGACACAACAGAGAUACCUGGGGGUCUUCCACCUGCCUAUCAGAAGGCACUGAGUCAAAGAGAACAGAAGAUCCACAUCUGGCAGAAAACUGUGAAGGAAGCUCGUUUGACAAAGGAUCAAAGGAAACAGUUCCAGCUACUUGUGGAGAACAAGUUUUAUGAAUGGUUGGUUAAUACCGGACAUCGCCAACAGCUGGAUAGCCUUGUACCCCCUGCAGUAGGCUCCAAACAAGCAGCAGGAUAGGACUCCCACAUCAGAUUGCUGGGUUCUGGACACACUGGAUGCAUGGAGGAUGGUGCUGAUUUAAAACUACACUGAGAAGGCACACCUGCUGCUUAAGAGAACUCCGGAACUUGUUCUAUAUAAGACCAUUUGUUGGUUUCCAUUCCGUACUUAACGACUAUUUGGGUUGGGUUUAAGCUAAACCUCUGUUGUGUAAACAUAUUGUUCAUACAACAACAGAAGACUCAUAUUUGUGAGGCAGGAAUGAAAAGUUGAUGAAGGCAGCCCCAUUAUAUAUAUAUGCUAAUAUUUAAAUGUUUAUAGCUAGGCACAGUGGCACACGCCUGUUAUC